AUGAAUACUUCAGUUCUCAUCUCGCCUGGAAAUAACUCCGUGCACCUGAAUUUUUCAGAGAGGAAUUCCCAGAUCUUUCAGUUUGAGGAUGAAGAUUGCCACGUGCCUUUGGCUAUGGUCUUCACUUUGGCCUUGGCUUAUGGGACUGUCAUAAUCCUGGGCGUCUCUGGGAAUCUGGCUUUGAUUAUCAUUAUUCUAAAACAGAAGGAGAUGCGCAAUGUUACUAAUAUCCUCAUUGUCAACCUGUCCUUCUCUGAUCUUCUGGUGACCAUCAUGUGUCUUCCCUUUACCUUUGUAUACACUUUAAUGGACCACUGGAUUUUUGGGGAGGCCAUGUGCAAGUUGAAUCCCUUUGUGCAAUGUGCCUCAAUCACCGUCUCUGUCUUUUCUUUAGUCCUCAUUGCUAUUGAACGCCACCAGCUGAUCAUCAACCCCCGGGGCUGGAGGCCGAAUAACAGACAUGCCUACAUGGGGAUUGCUGCCAUAUGGAUUUUAGCCACAGCUUCCUCUUUGCCUUUCCUGAUUUACCAUGUAUUAACAGAUGAACCCUUCAGAAAUAUAACAUUUGAUGAAUAUAAAGACAAAUAUGUGUGCUUGGACCUCUUCCCUUUGGACACCGCCAGGCUUUCUUAUACUACGACUCUUUUGGUUAUUCAGUACUUUGGACCACUUUGUUUUAUAUUUAUUUGCUACUUAAAGAUAUACAUACGAUUAAAAAAAAGGAACAACAUGAUGGACAAGAUGAGAGAUAAUAAAUACAGGUCCUCUGAAACCAAAAGGAUCAACAUCAUGCUGAUCUCAAUAGUGGUUGCAUUUGCAGUUUGCUGGCUGCCGCUCACCAUCUUCAAUAUUAUGUUUGACUGGAAUCAUGAAAUUCUGCCUGUUGCGACCUGCAGUCACAAUCUGCUAUUCCUGAUUUGCCACCUCACAGCCAUGAUCUCUACCUGUGUGAACCCUAUCUUCUAUGGGUUUCUCAAUAAGAACUUCCAGAGGGACUUGCAGUUUUUAUUUCAUUUCUGUCAUUUCCGCUCCCGUGAGGAGGAUUAUGAGACUAUAGCCAUGUCCACCAUGCACACAGAUAUUUCAAAAACCUCUUUAAAGCAGGCAAGCCCAGUUGCAUUUAAAAAAAUAAGUAGCGAUGAUGAUGAUAAAAUAUAA